CCCCUUCCCAGCGCUCUUCGCGCGGUCUCGCGGUGACUCUGGUGCGUGGGGUCAAGGCGCGGGGCAGAGCUGCUGGGUCCGGGGCGUCAUGCGGAGGGGUGAGCGCAAGGGCGCCGAGGGGCCGCGGCCGGGGUCCCCUGUGCCCGUGGGCAAGGCCUCGCUGGAGGAGCCGCUGGACGGCGCGGCCGCGGGCCGAGCGAGCGGAUCGACCGCUGGCCGCCGCAGCACCGAGUCAGAGGUCUACGACGACGGCACCAACACCUUCUUCUGGCGGGCGCACACCCUGAGCGUGCUCUUCAUCCUCACCUGCGUGCUGGGCUACGUGACACUGCUGGAAGAGACACCGCGGGACACGGCCUACAACACCAAGAGGUACCGGCCCGACCCAGCCUCGCUCCACGCGGCUGGCGGGGUGUCUGGAGGUAUUGUGGCCAGUAUUUUGGUUUUCUUAUGUUUUGGAGUCACACAAGCUAAAGACGGGCCAUUUUCCAGACCUCAUCCAGCCUACUGGAGGUUUUGGCUCUGCGUCAGUGUGGUCUACGAGCUGGUGCUCAUCUUUAUACUCUUCCAGACCGUCCAGGACGGCCGCCAGUUUCUGAAGUACGUCGACCCCAGGUUGGGGGUCCCGCUGCCAGAGAGGGACUACGGGGGAAACUGCCUCAUCUAUGAUGCAGACAACAAGACCGACCCCUUCCACAACGUCUGGGACAAGCUGGAUGGCUUCGUGCCCGCACACUUCAUCGGCUGGUACCUGAAGACCCUGAUGAUCCGUGACUGGUGGAUGUGCACGAUCGUGAGCGUGAUGUUUGAGUUCCUGGAAUACAGCCUGGAGCAUCAGCUGCCCAACUUCAGCGAGUGCUGGUGGGACCACUGGAUCAUGGACGUGCUCGUCUGCAACGGGCUGGGCAUCUACUGCGGCAUGAAGACCCUCGAGUGGCUGUCCCUAAAGACGUACAAGUGGCAGGGCCUCUGGAACAUUCCGACCUACAAGGGCAAGAUGAAGAGGAUCGUGUUCCAGUUCACGCCCUACAGCUGGGUCCGCUUCGAGUGGAAGCCGGCCUCCAGCCUGCGCCGCUGGCUGGCCGUGUGCGGCAUCAUCCUGGUGUUUCUUUUGGCAGAGCUGAACACCUUCUACCUGAAGUUCGUGCUGUGGAUGCCCCCCGAGCACUACCUGGUCCUCCUGCGGCUGGUCUUCUUCGUCAACGUGGGCGGCGUGGCCAUGCGGGAGAUCUACGACUUCAUGGACGACCCGAAGCUCCACAAGAAGCUGGGCCAGCAGGCCUGGCUGGUGGCGGCCAUCACCGUCACAGAGCUGCUCAUCGUGGUGAAGUACGAUCCGCACACUCUUACGCUGUCCCUGCCCUUCUACAUUGCCCAGUGUUGGACGCUCGGUUCCGUGCUCGCCCUCACCUGGACCGUCUGGCGCUUCUUCCUGCGGGACAUCACCCUGAGGUACAAGGAGACGCGGCGGCAGAAGCAGCAGGGCAGGGACGACCAGGGCAGGGCAGACGGCAGCGUGGACGGGCGCCCACCAGGGCCCGACGACCCCUCAGGGCCCGAGGAGGCCGAGAGGGAGGGGGUGCCAGCACCACACUGACGCUGCAGCUGGGCCUGCAGAGCCCAGGCCUGGUGCCCUCCCCACUCUGGGAUCCCCGCCAGGAGCCUUCCAGCAGGCCUCAGCCCUCAAGGUUCUAUCUCCCUCUUCUCCCGCGUGCACAGUGGGGUGGGGCGCGUGUGUGUGUGGUGUGUGCACGUGUGCUCCUGAGGCUCGCCCCGGGCCGGCUGGUUCCCUUCCUGCACAGUCAGCCCGCUGCCUUGGCGCCCCCAAGCCUUGGUGCCCAGACGGCCCGGCCCAGGCAGCAGUGUCUCGGUGCCCGCCCCUCUCCGCUCCCUGGGCCCCGCCGGUCCCCCAUGACCUUCUGGCGGCACAUGUGAAGGACAGUCGUCCAGGGACACCCUGGCGUGGCUGGGAAAGGGCAGAUCUGCUUACUCGGGAGCCUCCAUCUGACCCUCCAACCUGGAGGGUGCGUGGACAGGGCUGCCCGCACAUCGAGUCAGAGAUGCCAAGGCCUGGUGCCCGCCGUCAGGAGGGCAGGUUGUGAGGGAGUGUCUCUGUGGCCCAGGCUUGAGGUCACCCCCAUGAGCAAACAGAACAAAUAAAAGCCACGGUGACAGCCUGCGGCUCCACAGCUCCUCGCUGUCCCUCACCCCCGCCCUACUCUGUGCCACCCAGAGGGCAGCUGGGAACUACCCAGGCUGCACACCUGUCCUGGCAGAUGACCAGCAGGCACAAGGGUCACCGGCCUCCCUGGCGCCUCCUGCUGCAUCCGGCC